AUGCCUUCUUUCGGCGACUUCGUCCAUACGCAGUUCUUCCUCAAGAUCCCCACCCCAACUGCCUCGUUCGGCUCCAAGACGAUCAUUAUCACCGGCGCAAGCGGAGGCCUGGGAAAGGAGGCCGCCAAGCACAUUGUCCGGCUGGGUGCCAGUUCUGUCAUCCUCGGGUGCCGCAGCUUGUCUCGAGGCAAUGCCACCAAGCGUGAGAUUGAGGCUCGUUUGAGAUGCAGUCCCAGUAUCCUGCAAGUUUGGGAGCUCGACAUCGAGUCACCCACGUCCGUCAAGCGGUUCGUGGACCGGGCGAACGCACUGCCCCGGUUGGACGUCCUGAUCAAUAAUGCCGGUCUCCAGAGCCAAAAGUUCACCGUUGUCUACAACACGGAACGCACUAUUGCCGUUAAUGUCAUCGGGACCUUCCUUCUUGCGCUGCAGUUGUUGCCCAAGCUCCGUGAGACAGCCCGCAACUACCGGACCACGCCUCACCUGACCUUUGUCGGGUCGGCUCUGUACGACGUUGCUAGGUGGCCCAAUCACCCCGGAGAGGAUAUAUUUGCUUGGUUUGAGGAUAAGGCGCAUUUCUCUGCGAUAAAUCAAUACAACCUCUCGAAGCUGCUGCAAAUGUACGCAGUCAUCCAGCUGAGCACCAUCGUCGACCCAGUGGGCAGCACCGCCAACCCCAACCCCAUCGUCAUCAACUCUCUCGACCCGUGCUUCUGCAAAACGGGGCUGCCGGGAAACGAUCUGUCCAUCCCACUGAAAGUUGCCCUCCGCGUCUUCGAGCUCACGGCUCGCUCGGCUGAAGAAGGGGCCAGUCUCGUAGUGCAGACUGCGUCAGCUGGUCGCGAGACCCACGGCUUGUACAUGCGGGCGGGCAAAGUAAGAAAGUACGACCCGAUCGUCCAGGAUGCGAAGAAGGCCGCGUACAUCUGGGAGCUCCUGUGUAAGAAGUUAGAGGGUCUCCAACCGGGUAUCCUGCAGAACUUACGGUGA